CUGCUCCCGCGCUGGUGCUCCAGCUCUGACCGUGCACCCUCUGCAUGCAAGAACUACCCUUGGAAGCAAAGUUCCAAGCCCCACAAGCACCACAACCAAGCUGCCUUUGUGUUCAUCCUUAAAAAAAGAAAGAUGGCCAAGGAGAGGGGCCUAAUAAGCCUCAGUGAUUUUGCCCAGCUGCAGAAAUACAUGGAGUACUCCACCAAAAAGGUCAGUGAUGUCCUGAAGCUCUUUGAGGAUGGUGAAAUGGCUGAAUAUCUCCAAGGAGAUGCCACUGGAUACGAGGGGUUCUAGCAAUUCCUGAAAAUCUACCUGGAAGUGGAUAAUGUUCCAGAUCACCUAAGCCAGGCACUGUUUCAGUCCUUCCAGACUGGCUACUACAUGGAAGACACUGUAAGAGAAGAUGUGGUGUGUCUCAGUGAUGUCUACUGCUACUUUUCUCUUCUGGAGGGUGGCCGGCCAGAAGACAAGAUAGAGUUCACCUUCAAGUUGUACGACACGGACAGAAACGGGAUCCUGGACAGCUCAGAAGUGGACAGAAUCAUCAUACAGAUGAUGCGAAUGGCGGAAUACCUGGAUUGGGAUGUGUCUGAGCUGAGGCCGAUUCUUCAACAGAUGAUGAAAGAGAUUGACUAUGAUGGCAGCAGCUCUGUCUCCCUGGCUGAGUGGCUGCGGGCCGGGGCCACCACCGUGCCCCUGCUCGUGCUGCUGGGCCUGGAGAUGACCCUGAAGGACAACGGGCAGCACAUGUGCAGACCCAAGAGAUUCCCGCGACCAGUCUAUUGCAACCUGUGCGAGUCGAGCAUCGGUCUAGGCAAACAGGGGCUGAGCUGUAACCUCUGUAAAUACGUCGUUCAUGACCCGUGCGCCAUGAAGGCCCUGCCCUGUGAAGUCAGCACAUACGCCAAGUCUCGGAAGGACAUUGGGGUCCAGUCACACGUGUGGGUGCGAGGAGGCUGUGAAUCCGGCCGCUGCGACCGCUGUCAGAAGAUCCGAAUCUACCACAGUCUGGUUGGCCUGCAUUGUGUGUGGUGCCACCUAGAGAUCCAUGAUGACUGCCUUCCAGCCAUGGGCCAUGAGUGUGACUGUGGGCUGCUCCGAGAUCACAUCCUGCCUCCGUCUUCCAUCUACCCCAGCGUCCUGGCCUCUGGACAGGAGCGUAAAACUAGCAAAAUAAGCCAGAAGACUGUGGAUGAUUUAAGUUUGAGCACUUCUGAGGCUCUGCGGAUUGAUCCUGUUUCUAACACCCACCCACUUCUGGUCUUUGUGAACCCCAAGAGUGGCGGGAAGCAGGGCAAGAGGGUGCUUUGGAAAUUCCAGUAUCUGCUGAACCCUCGACAGGUGUUCAACCUCCUAAAGGAUGGUCCUGAGCCAGGACUCAGAUUCUUCAGAGAUGUUCCUGAUUACAGGAUUUUGGUGUGCGGCGGGGAUGGCACAGUAGGCUGGAUUCUAGAGUCCAUUGACAAAGCCAACUUGCCUUUUGUGCCUCCUGUUGCCGUGUUGCCCCUGGGCACUGGAAAUGAUCUGGCUCAUUGCCUAAGGUGGGGAGGAGGGUAUGAGGGACAGAAUCUGGGGAAGAUCCUCAAGGAUUUAGAGACGAGUAAGGUGGUACAUAUGGAUCGAUGGUCUGUGGAGGUGAUACCCCAACAAACUGAAGAAAAGAGUGACCCAGUCCCCUUUCAAAUCAUCAAUAACUACUUCUCCAUUGGUGUGGAUGCCUCUAUUGCUCACCGAUUCCACAUCAUGCGAGAGAAGUAUCCUGAGAAGUUCAACAGCAGAAUGAAGAACAAGCUAUGGUACUUCGAAUUUGCCACUUCUGAAUCCAUCUUCUCAACAUGCAAAAAGCUGGAGGAAUCUUUGACCGUUGAGAUCUGUGGGAAACCACUGGACCUGAGCAGCCUGUCCCUAGAAGGCAUCACAGUGCUGAACAUCCCAAGCACACAUGGCGGUUCCAAUCUCUGGGGUGACACCAAGAGGCCACACGGCGACGUCCACGGGAUCAACCAGGCCUUGGGUAUUACUGCCAAAGUCAUCACUGACCCCGACAUCCUGAAGACCUGCGUGCCGGACCUAAGUGACAAGCGGCUGGAAGUAGUGGGGCUAGAGGGUGCAAUUGAGAUAGGCCAGAUCUAUACCAAGCUCAAGAAUGCUGGACAUUGGCUGGUCAAGUGCUCUGAGAUCACCUUCCACACCACAAAAACCCUCCCCAUGCAAACUGACAGAGAACCCUGGAUGCAGACACCUUGUACAAUCAAGAUCACUCACAGGAACCAGAUGCCUAUGCUCGUGGGCCCACCUCCUCGCUCCUCCAAUUUCUUUGGCUUCUUGUGCUGAUGGGGACAUCUCAGCCUCCAAGCCAGCUGUGAAGCUCCUUGUCCCUGGACUGUCCUACCCAGGCUCUGUAAAUUGCUGCCACACCCUCCUGCCAGCUCAGGGGGGUGUUCCUCCACCCUCACAGUAUUUAUUAUCCUGCACCACAUCCACUACCCCCCAUACACACACACACACACACACACACACAAAUAAUACAUUGAAAGUGCCUCAUCUGAAUAAAAUGAACUUUUUUCCCCACUGGGAUAUCUGUUAAAAAAAAAAAAAGAAAACUAAUGAGAGGGGAAAUCCUGCAACCAAGAAUACUGUACCCAGCAAGGCUCUCAUUCAGAUUUUAUGCAGAGAUCAAAAGCAAGAGUUCAGCACCAGCAAACUAGCUUUACAAGACAUG